GUUCGGACGUGGGGCACACGCAGAGCCUGCGCCGCAACCGCGGCACCGGUAGCACCACCACCGCGCAGCUGCUACUUUCAGCCAGGAACCGCCAGGGUAUUCCGACGGUGCAAGCAGAGCAAAUCCUACCUGCUUUCACGCCGGAUGACACCAUAUCGCUGGGCCGGGUGGACACGAACGGCAGUCAGGGCAGCUCGGACGAGUUGGAUGCUGACCGCACGGCGUUGACCGAAUUCUUUUCGGAGACCGAGAGCGCCUUUCUCCGACGCUUUAAACGGCUGAAUCGCUGGAAGAAAACGCAGUGGUGGCUACAGUCCAAUCAGUUUGAGAUUUUCAUCAGCGCCAUCCUCUGUGUCAACAUCUUCUGGAUGGCCUUUGAGCUACAAGUCCAGGGUGCAGUGGUUGGGUUCAUGCUGGGGGCGUACCCCGAUCCAUUGUUUCCACCCAGCUCCUACCACAACUGGGAAGAGGCCUUCGGUAUCGUGGAUCCUCGAAUGCUCCGGUGGGUUUUGGGUGUGGCCUUUUGGAAAUCUUGGCUCAACUACAUUGAUGUGGCGGUGAGUGUAAUCUCUGUGGUGGAGAUGUUCGUCUUCAUGACCUCACCGAUCGGUGUGAAUCCCGUGCUUUUCCGCCUGCUCCGAAUGGGCAAGCUGUCACGGGCCAUGCGAGUGGUGUCGAUGACCAGCGUUCUUGCGUCCUUGCAGUUGCUAUUGAAAUGUUUGGCCGCCAGCCGAGACAUGCUUUUCUGGAGCUUCUUGCUACUUACCUUCGUGCAAUGCGUGGCUGGCAUGAUCGUUACGACAUUGUGCUGGGAGUUCAUCAAAGAUGAGAAUCAAGAUGUGUCGGUCCGGGAAAGUGUCUACAGAUAUUAUGGUACCUUCACUAGAACCUUCUUGUCGAUGUUUGAAAUCAUGUUUGCAAACUGGAGUCCACCAUGCCGCGUUUUGGUGGAGCACGUCAGCGAAUGGUUCUCCAUCUUCUUCCUUUUGUACAGGUGUGUCCUGGGAUUUGCCGUCCUCAAUGUUGUGAAUGCGGUAUUUGUGCAACAGACAAUGAAGACGGCAAGUUCGGAUGAAGACAUUGCGUUCAAACAACGGGAGAAGGAUAUUACUCAGUACAACCGGAAAGUGAAAAAACUCUUUGCCACGAUGGAUUCUUCAGGCGACGGUGCGAUCAACUUCGAGGAAUUUUCUAAGUUGGUGAAAUCGCCCAAACUGAGGUUUUGGAUGAGUCAGUUGGAGUUAGAGUAUCAUGACCUCUUAAGCCUGUUUGAGUUCUUGGACAACGGUGACGGCCAGAUUACGCUCACUGAGUUUAUCGAUGGGGCGGCCCGCUUACGUGGAUCGGCCAAGGCUUUGGACGUGUGGCGUGGCUCGGCGUGGAAAAGUUCGCGGUUGGUGGAGGUUCUCUUUGAGGAAGUUUUGAACUACUUGGAUGAACUGAGAGCGCAUGACGCUUCAGCCCAGGGACAGGCAGAUCCCAACAAUCCCAAUAGCACACAAGCUUCGCCAAGGCAUUCCAGUAGCUUGGAGGAACGGCAAAAGGUGGUGAAAGAAAGCGCCCAAUAG